UAUAAAAGCAAUAAAAUACCAUAACAACAAAAUAUAUUGUUAUUCUAACAUUAACAACAAAAGUUUUUCAAACUUAAAAUAAAAAAAUUAAAAGAGCCGCCAUGAAUAAUGUGUUAAAUUACGAAAAACUGUUAAAAAGACAAAAAGUGAACAUAAAGAUAAUGAUUAAAGAAUACGAAAUAUUAUCCAAGUUACAUAAAAAAGAAACAAAUCAGCCAGAGUCACUGUUGAAAUUUAUUAAUACGCAACUCGAGUCAAUCAAUCAAGAAAUUAACAAUCAUUAUACAUUUGAUAAAUUAAAUUUGAUAUUUAACUCAAUACGUAAUUGUGCUAAGCAUCAUCUCAUAGGAAGUGAAACAUAUGCUUUUGGAUCACGUAUUUCAGGUCUUGCACUUCCUAAUAGUGACAUAGAUUUAUACAUUUCUAUUGCUGGCACUUUUUGGGGACAAUUGAGUAAUGAUCUACAUGCUCAAACGAAUCUAGUACGUUAUUUUGCAAAAUUAUUUGGGUCUCAAAAAUAUGAAUAUUCACAAAUACUAGCAAUAACUGCUUCAAGGGUUCCUAUAGUUACAUUUUUUCAUGUCCCAUCUGGUUUAUAUUGUGAUUUAUCUUUUAAAAGUGGCCUCAGUGUAUACAACACUAAAUUAAUCAAAUUAUACUUAUCAUUGGACGAACGUGUUAACUGGAUAGUUUGUGCAGUUGUUAAAUAUUGGGCAUUACAGAGUUGUAUGAAAAAUAGAAAUAUGUUUAAAAGCUAUAGCUUAGCAUGGUUGGUUCUCUUUUACUUGAUAGUUAUUCAUGUUAUACCUCCAUUAAUGUUUCUCAGAAGACAUGCAGAUUAUUCAAAAUCAUUAACAUCAGAUGUCAUGUUUAUAGAAGAUUGGGAUUGCACUUUUUGUACUCCAGAAAAAGCCAAACAGAUAUGGAGAGUACCGAAUAUUUCUUAUUUUGAUUUAUUAUUUGGAUUUUUUAAUUAUUAUUCAGACUUAAAUAGACUUAGAAAAAGUGUUCUCUGUCCGAUUAUUGGACAGGUUAUACCCAAAAGCGAUUUAUAUAAUAUUCCAAUGAAAAAAAAAAAUAGUGAACCUCCUUCAGAGACAUUAAGAAAAUUAAAAAAUAACUUUUGUGGUAGUGGUCUUGCACUACAAGAUCCUUUAGAUCUUCUCAAUAAUAUAACAAAACGUAUAAGACAAAGAAAGUUAACUAUGUUUUCUUAUUUAUGCAAUCUAACUAUGGAAGGCAUGAAGAACAGAUAUUUAAAUUAGGUACUGUUAAAUAACUGUAAUU